GAAAAAAAAACUAGCAGAAAGAAAUUUCUAGGCUUUGACUUUACCCUUGUGAGCUUGGGCUUGGGCUGUCCUCUCUUUAAGUUCUUACUAGAUUGGAAAAAUAUAGGGAUUUAGUAUUUCCUAUAAGGAAAUUAUUACAAUUAUCAAUACAUAUUUUUAAACCAUGUCAAUCACAAAGUCGCUCUACAAUGCUUUGCUAAGGAGAACAUCUACAUUUACAAUGACAAUUGUAGUGAGUGCUUUUGUUUUUGAAAGGUCAUUUGAUCAAGGAGUGGAUUACUUUUGGCGAACACACAAUAAAGGGAAACUGUGGGAGGAUGUUAAAGAAAAAUUGGAUCAGUCUUCCUAAGACAACUGCAUUAGAAGAAUUAUGUUGUAUGUUAAGUGUAAUUAAAUCUACUUGUUAAUGUAGAAA